GGUUGGAAUAACCCAAGGGGCGGGUCGGAUAUGGUCUUCGCCGUCGAUAUAUUUUAACCCUACCCGCUGCGACCCUUCUUUCUUGUUCCUACUUCUUCUCCCUCCGUCUUCUUUUCCAUCUUCUCUCCCUUCUGCUGCCGCCGGUUGAGAAUCAGUAUCUCAGAGAUUUGAGGUUUUCUCGCAAUUUAUUCUGAGUUUUCGACUUCCAUUCGACCGUGAACAUGCAGGCGAGUGAUAGGUUUAACAUAAACUCCCAGCUCGAGCAUCUGCAGGCUAAAUAUGUGGGCACAGGGCAUGCCGAUUUGACACGAUUUGAAUGGGCUCUGAAUAUUCACCGAGAUAGCUAUGCAUCUUAUAUUGGUCAUUACCCCAUUUUGGCAUACUUUGCUGUAGCUGAGAACGGAUCUGUUGGGAGAGAACGCUACAAUUUUAUGCAGAAAAUGCUUAUGCCGUGCGGGCUCCCUCCGGAGAGGGAGGAUGAAUGAGGCGAAUUCCAUUGUUGUUUUGGUAAUCGGAAACUAUUGGACAUGUUGUUUUAUUGUCACUGAAGGUAUGUUCCGAAUUACUUUGAAAUGAUCGUAUAUCUGUGCUUGCUAUGUUAACCAUCUCAUGCCCGGAUUAGGUUUGUGUUUAUACGUGAUUGUUUUCGUAUAUUUUGGCUUUCAUGUUUUUUUUAUAGGUAAAAUCGUUUCCGAUAUCAUAUUUUUAUUGAGAAAGAAUGAUGUUUGAUGUGCUGUUUUUAAAUGAAAUUUUAUGGACAGUCAAAAUUAUUA